UCCCACAUGUCGGUGUCGUCAGCCUAGGUUUCAAAAUGUUUCUCGAUCGGCAUUUAUUGCGAUUAACUCACUGCAUUUUAGAUUUUGGUUCGUUUUUAUGUCAGUUUACGGUAGUUAUUUGGAGCAUGGCUAUGAACUUUGUUUUGUACCGAAAACGUAAAGAAAUGUGUUAUAUGCCGGAGUCGGCGACUGAAGGAAACGUUCUAAGAAAGUUACCGCAGCACAUCGCCUAUAUCGUUACGGAGAGCAAAUUCUCCUACAAAGAUCUAGCCAACCUUAUUAUUUGGGCAGUCGAGUUUGGCAUCUCCUAUGUCACUGUAUACGAUCCUCACGGCGAAAUCAAACGAAACAACAAAAUUUUAAAAGAUUUAAUUCAGCAGAAGAAUAUAAGGGCUGACAGUUCUGGACGUUUUGACAUACAGAUUUCAACAGAUUUACAAGAAUGUAAAGCAUCAAUGAAAGUAUUUAAUGUAGCAGUGCUGUCUUUGGAAGAUGGAAGACAAGGCCUAGUUCGUUUGACUAAACAGCUAUCUAGCCAGGUGCUGGCUAACCAAUGGAGUAUAGCAGAUGUUGUUCCAAACAGUGUGAACAAGCUCAUACAAGAAAGUUAUGGUUUUCCUGAUCCAGAUUUGAUAGUGCGGUUCGGAAACAUCUCAUCACUAAUUGGUUUUCUCCCAUGGCAUGUUCGGUUAUCAGAAAUUUUGUCUUUGCCCACCCACCAUGGAUUGGAUUACUAUUUAUUUCGCUGUACCCUCAUGAGGUACGGCUGUUUGGAGCAGCGUUUUGGCAAAUAACAAUCAGACUGUGCCUACACAGCUUGUACAUCGCGUAAGUGGUUGAUUCAGUGUCAGUGUUCUACUCCAAGCAAUGAGCAAAUCACAAGUGACAAAGUAUGGUGGGCUAGAAAUGUUAUAUUCAAUAUUUUAAGUAUAUGUGUUCUAACAUUGAACAAAAUGCUUCUUUUAGGUAAUGUAAUAAUUCUUUUAAUUAGAUUUUCUGCAUAUAAGUUGCCUCUGGCAUUAUUUUUGUUUUGAGUAAUUUCUAAUUUUUGUUGGUCAGGAAAAGUUUUAUUAAGGUGAAGGCUGAUAAUUGUAAAGAAAUAUGGUUAGAAUAUCAUUUUGAGCAAGUGCUUUGUGCGCAGGAAUAUAACAAAAUUAAUAAUGAUUUCACAACAGCAACAACUCCAGUUUAAAGUGAAAGACAGCACCUGACUAAUGUUUAUGUCCAGUGAAAGACUACUGUUCAAAGUAUCUUCAGCCAAAAAUCAAAUAUUUUUUAAAAUUAUUUUCAACCCAGUGACAGUUUUGUGAAACUUCCUCUUGACAGCUUCAGCACGUCUCCAUUAUUGACAGCAAGGUGACGUCACGUUUACUCUAGCUCUCUAACUUUAAAGGUAUUUUUGGUGUAAUAGUCUGAGCAGUAGCCUAUGGCAGAUAAAAGUUGUAGACUUGGGCAAUGAAGGCCUAAGUGAUAAAUGAAGUUUUCUCGGAAAUUGGGCAUAUUGUAAGAAUAUUUCUUCCACUGCUUGAUUUGUUAAUGCAGUUCGCCUACUAUAUCAUUUAUGAGGAACGCCAGCGACCCUGUUUUAAUAGCCUAUCUGCAGAUGCACAGCCGGGGUGUCCUGGUUUGUAGCCUCCGUAGGGGCUGUGCUAGUGAUUUUGACCCUUAUUAAAUGUUUACAGAAUUACAGUAGGAUUGUUGUACUAGAUUUAUGCUCAAUUCUAAAAGAAAUAAAAAUAAAUCCAAGCACCACUGAGGCUGAUCUAUGCAUUCAACCGUCGCUGGAUGUUAUGCUUCAGUUUUGUAGUGGUGGCUUUUAAUAUGAAAGCAGUGCUGACUGAGUUAUCGUGGAGGUCAGAGAAAGCACCCUGGCUUGAACAUGGUGUUUCAAUAAUUUUACUGUAUUUUAUAAAACAAAUUAGACAAAAAAAAAAAAAAAACGUCUGUUGUGUGUGAGAAAGACCAAGGAGCAAAAAAUUGCAGUUCUUCAAUUGUAAUGAAUUCACACCAAAAAAAUUGUAUUGUAAGAUUUAAUUCAUUUUAAGCGUUGUCGGGUGAGAUGCCAUCUUCUCAUUUCCAUAAACCUUUGACAUCCCUUAUGAAUUUUGCGCUGACCCUGUUAUUUGUCAUUUAGAAACUACUGACUAAAGGCUAAAAUGAACAACAAAAAAUGUAUUUGGGGGAGAUGAAUGCGGUUUGGGCCGAGAUGGUAUGCUACUGUCUAACAUAAUUUGUGAUACCGUCUUUGAAUAUUACACGGCUUGUAAAUCAACUGAUUUUACGUCACUGGUGGUCAGUAAAUGAUGCAGACCUGCCCUACAACACUUGGUGAAAUGGCCCUUCAGCUACAUGGGACUAAAUCGUUCUGAAGAUGUUACGUUAGAUGUUAUAUCUACAUGUUUAUUCAUCGAAAUCUCAGUAAAAUAAUAAAGUAUGAUAUUUUUAUAGAUAGCUUGAGUAUCCGGCUUUAGAUUGAAAUAUGUUUUAGCCAGGUGCUGUCUUGUUCCUUAGAAGAAGAUGUUUUUCAUUCAGUGAUUAAAUAUCGGUAUAUAUGUACUGAACAUAUAUCGAGUAUCAAAUGUUACAUUUGAAUGUCAUAGUUUAUUUUGAGAAGAAAGCUUGUGAAUAUUGCAACAUUGGUUUAACCACAACAGUGAUGCAAGAUAUCAUAGGGUAUAUAUGAUAGCAUUUAAAUUUGUAUGAGGGGCCUCCGUGGCUGAGUUGGUUAGCAAGCUAGCACAGCGUAAUGACCCAGGAGUCUCUCACCAAUGCGGUCGCUGUGAGUUUAAGUCCAGCUCAUGCUGGCUUCCUCUCCGGUCGUAAGUGGGAAGGUCUGCAAGUAAAUAAAUAAAUUUGUAUGAAACUGUUUCAUUUGACAAUAUGUGUGUGCAUAUGUAUUCAGGUAUAUCAUACUACAUCAUGGUGUGGAUGGACCCACAGGCCCAAUGUCCUGUCACCCCUUCUUGUGAUAUUACUUAUUCCAUUCACAGUGAAAACCGUUAUCAUGAAAGAGUGAACAUAUGUAACCAGUACGGAGACAUCCAGUUGACCUAUCUGUAACAGUAUUGUUUAGGAUAGGCUAAAUAUGUAUUCUUGAGUGGCAGGGCCCAAAGGUUUAUUGUCCUGUAUGUACAAAUGUCUGGUACAUGUACAUGUGUGUGAGUGAAAGACUCAAUCAUAUAAAUUAAUACAUGUGUAUUUUAUGAAAUGUUGAUUAAAAAUGUAUUAUCACUAUAUACUAGUCUGUCAGUCAUUCAAGUCUGAGACUUGCAUACACAUUGGUAUGUUGAA